AUGAUGAAUCGUUUUGGUGAUAUCGAUAGUUCAUUUAAGAGACUUCAACCUAUUUAUGGUUAUCGCAGUGAGAAACUUGUUCCAAUUGAAAAAGCGCUCGAACCUAUCGAGCCUCAAAUUGAUGAAUUACCGUAUUAUAUAAAGAUAGCUAAACGAAACUGUCAUUAUCCAUCAGAACAUGAACUAACACCUGAUCAAGCAGCUGCUGUUUACAUCUAUACAAUGGAAUGGGGUGAUACUACUUUGUAUCGUGUAUUAAAUAGAGCAUUACGAUCCGAAAACCGACAAGAAGUUAAGGUAUGGUUUCCAUAUCUAAAGUUAUUUGAUACAGCAUUAGAUAAAUUAACUACUGUCAAAGAGGCAGUAUGGAGAGGUGUAUCACUUGAUAUUGGCAAGAACUUCACCAAAAAUCAAAUUGUAACAUGGUGGAGUGUUAAUUCAUGUUCGUCAUCAGUGAAUGUUAUCAAAGGUUUUCUUGAUAAUAAAAAAAAUUCAACACUUUUUAUGAUUGAAGCUGUAAACGGAAAAAUAGUUUCUGGAUAUACAGAAUUUGAAACAGAAGAUGAAGUUAUUUUACGAAUGGGUUCAAAAUUUCGCGUGAAGAGUGAUCCAUUAGAGCAAUCUAACGGUUCAUACCUUGUGCAUUUAAUUGAAAUUGAUGAUGACUUAGAUCAACCAUUAGCAUCAGCUAUGAAUAACAUGGAGCUGGCGGCAGCAGCAGCAACACAACCGUCAAUUAAAACUACAUUGAGUAAGUGA